AAAACUAUUGUGCCAGAGAAACUGAUCGGAAGCUCAGGGCUCGAGUGUGAAUUUAUUUUUUGGUUUUCGCGCGACAAGCGCCCAUGGGCACUCGACCUCCGAAGGGGGGCGCCCCUGAAAAGGGCUACAACCCGUGGCACGUUUUUGCCCUAUCGCCCCCAAGGGGGGGCCAGGAGAUCUCCGAACUAAAUCGUUUAGGUGCAUGGUUACCUGGGGGUUAUCUUUUUCGUCGUUGAGGAAGAUCAGGGAAAAACCCGAGGGAACGAUGGUAACUUGCCGCAUACUUACCCCGACGAUUUGGGUUUUCGGCCAUGAGUGCCGGCCGUCGCGAUCGUUCCCUUGUGCUGGUAAGUGUAACCGCGAAGUGUGGCAUGCGUUCAUAUCCCGACUGGCCAUUGUUCCCCGUGUUAACAUUCUUGCAUGAUGAUAUUGCAAUCUGCACUUCAGUGCCGUUAUCAUCUCAUUGCCUCCCCCCCUGGCAACUGCUCGAUCUCCAGCCUAUGCAACUAUUCAGCCAUGCCGAAGGGGGGCACACUGCACGAACGUGCCGCAACCAUUCGCAUCAUAAUUAUUUCGGAGGCGUUCGUCAUCCGUGCUUCGAUUCGCUGUCAAGCUGCUUCGAUAAUUUUUCCCAUUUCUUUUUGGUCCUGUCGUCGAUCUUGCGCUCGUCCAAUGGGCAGACAAGAUAUAUAUAUAAUAUAGUUGCGUCAUUCGACCCCCCAUCAUUCAUUCAAGGAUCCGCCCCAGCUUUACAUAAAUGAGCCAAGAAUAAAUUGGACGAGAAGACGAGGACUGCAUC